AUGAGUCAUUCGGAACCUGCAUUUCGUCUCCGCAACAUCGGCAUUUCGGUCCAUGCACAAUAUAAGAUCACCGACAAUGGUGCAAUUUCUCUACCCUCUCCCUUUUUUUCUUCGCGGCCAAUGUCAAUUUCUCACGAAGAGGUGCACCAAAUCCAUGGCGUUCCUCCGCCUGCCCCAGGAGAGGAACCUGUCCUCGUCCAGCAGCGAACUCCCUUGCCCAAGGUGCAAUUGGCCAUUGUAAUGCUCAUCAACUUGGCGGAGCCUGUUACUGGGACGGUCAUCUAUCCGUUCAUCAACAAAUUCGUGCGCGAAACAGGAAUUAUCAAUGGGGACGAGCGGCGGACAGGCUAUUAUGCUGGUAUCAUUGAAUCUGUGUUUUUCCUCUCUGAGAGCUUGACUGUCGUCCAGUGGGGAUAUUUGUCAGAUCGUUAUGGUCGUAGGCCGAUUCUGGUACUUGGCACAUUCGGUGCAGCACUUGCUGUGUUCUUCUUCGGCCUGCAGACAACUUUCUGGCCUCUCGUCUUCUUCCGCUGCCUGCAGGGCAUUUUCAACGGUAACAUCGGUGUCAGCAAGACCGUUAUUGCGGAGCUGUCUGACCCAACCAACAUAGGAGAUGCUUUUGCGGUGAUACCCUUCACAUGGAGCAUUGGCAUUACAGUAGGGCCUAUCAUCGGGGGUUUACUCACUGACCCAGCAGUACGAUGGCCAGAUACCUUUGGCCGCUUUGAAUAUUUCCGCACGCAUCCUUAUUUUCUUCCUUGUGCUGCAGCAUCCUUCAUUGCCUUCAUUGUCUUCCUAGCGACCUUUACUGGUCUAAAAGAGACAUUGGCGUCUCUGGCACCUCAGGAAGAGAAGAGCAUCGAAAACGGCCCUCCAAGCGAAGAAACACGUUUGCUCACACAAAACGGCGUCCACUAUGACGGCUCUUCAUGCCACUCUUCCUCAAGGAACGAUUCCCCGAAUCAAUGCAAAUCUGAUCUCCCGACUACGAACGACGACCGCAACGACUUCAAUCGCGUAUUAUUUUCACGUCACCUUCUCUUGACCCUGCUAAACUAUGCCUUCCUCGCCUUCCUCGACAUGGGCAACUUCGUCCUUCUUCCUUUGAUGUACUCUACGUCCGUUCCACUGGGCGGUCUCGGCUUAGAGCCGUACCGGAUUGGAAUGGUUUUGGCCGCGUUUGGCGUGAUCAAUUCGGUUGUGCAGGCUUUCGCCCUUGGCCCUCUAAUCAGGAGAUACGGGGCAAGGAAGAUGUACAUCAUAUCUUUCGCCGCUAUCCUGGGCAGCUUUGUGCUCUUCCCGGUCUUAAAAUUCCUUGCUCGUCGUGCAGGGGGUGUAGACCGUUAUGUGGUCGCUUGUAUCAGCUUGCAACUAGCAUUUCAAACUACAAUCCUCAUAGGAUAUGGUUCGAUGCAGAUUCUUCUGAUACAAGAUGUUCCAGAUCGCUAUCUUGGCACAGUCAAUGGUGUCGGUCAGAUGGUCGGCUCUGGAACGAGAGGCAUUGCCCCUACGUUUGCUUCAUCCCUAUAUUCACUCAGCCUGGAAAAGCACCUCGCGGGUGGAAACAUGGUAUUCUAUGUCUUGAUUGGGAUGAAUAUUAUCGGAAUCAUCUGCUCCACCUUUAUCCCAAAACCGACGAAGAUUAGACAAUGA